AUGGAUUUGAAAAACAAUUGGGGCGAGUUUGAUGGCGCUUUGACAAAAUGGAAGGGGUUUCAUGACCGAUUUAAGGCUGCUGUGCACGAUAAUGAGCAAGUUGCGCCAGCAUUUAAGUUUACUUAUUUGCAGAAGUCGCUAGUGGGCAAGGCCGCACGUACCUUGGGCGAGUGGCAGUUGACCGAUGAGAAUUAUCAUGAAGCUUGGGAGCGAUUAAAACAGCUGUAUGAUAAGAAAUACCACACGUGCCGUGAGUAUUUGCGUCAAUUUUAUAGAUUGCCUUUUUUGGAGCGUGCAUCUUCGGAUGCACUUCAGCGUAUGGCGAAUGUCACCCAUGAGACAUUACGCCAGUUGCGGGCACAGGGGUUGCCGGUUGAGCAUUGGGAUAUGAUUGUUGUGCAUAAUUUACAUGAGCGCCUAGAUGAAGAAACUGGCAAAGCAUGGGAACUUCAGCGGCAAUCCGAAACGCCAACAGCAGCUGAAAUACUCACGUUCCUAGAUAAGCAGGCUGCCGCUUCCUCACAUCAAGCGGAUAAUCGUCGUGCACGAGAGGCUAGUGCAGCUUCGACGACAACACGUGCUAGCCAAAUUAAGAGGGCUCACCAAGGGGCUAGCAAUGGAGCGAGUACGACCAGAGCUAGCAUUGGGCAGAAGAGCAACGAGCGAGAGAAGAAAACAUAUCCGUGCCAUCUAUGUAAAGGAGAUCAUGGGCUCUACAAAUGCCCAGAUUUCUUGAGCUUGAAUUUGCGGUCACGCAAGGCAUACGUAGAGCGGCAUAAGUUAUGUCCAAAUUGUUUUAAGCAGGGGCAUGCUGCAAAGGAUUGUUACUCAGGACCUUGCAAUCGCUGUCCGGGUAAAAUUCUUCAUAAUAGCGUUUUGUGCCCAACCAGGGAAGUCAACAAACAUUUGAUGCUGGUGCAGGACAAAGGUAAUCCUAACAGAGCUAGUAGCCCAUCAAAGUCGGUAGUGAAACGCAAACCGGAGAAUGGCAACAUGACGUUCUGA